AUGUCUCCAAACGCGGGAAAGAAAGCCCUUCACUUCGGUGCAGGCAAUAUUGGCCGUGGCUUCAUUGGUGAUCUUCUCGCAAACGCAGGUUACGAAGUCACCUUUGCCGAUGUCGCCGAACCUCUCAUCACCGCCCUAAAUAAGGACCAUUCCUACAAAAUCCACAUACUCGACCAGGAGCACAAAGGAAAGACAGAUACAGUCGACCAUGUUUCUGGAAUCCUCACAACGAACGAAGCAGAUGUCAAAAAGAUUAUCACCGAAGCCUCGAUCAUUACCACCGCCGUUGGUCCCAACGUGCUACCAAAGGUCGCAAUCAACAUCGCAACGGGGUUGAAAGCACGCCGCGCUGCUGGUGUAACUUCUGAGCUCAACAUAAUUGCCUGCGAGAACCGUACCGGCGCAUCUUCUCUACUCCACGAUGAAGUCCUGAAGCACCUUACUUCAGAAGAAGAUAAGAAAUACGUUGCGGAAAAGAUUGGAUUUCCAAACUGCGCCGUAGACCGCAUCGUCCCACCAUUUAGCGAAGAAAGCGAGGGCAUCCUCGCAGUCGGCGUCGAGAAUUUCCACGAAUGGAUUGUCGACGAGACCGCCCUCAAGGGUCCUAAGCUCAAUAUCCCAGGGAUGCAGUUGACUGAUAACCUUAUCGCUUUUGUCCAACGCAAGCUAUUCACCCUCAACACCGGCCAUGCGAUAUGUGCAUACCUAGGCUUCUUGAAGGGCUAUUCGACCGUUGAUGAAGCUCUAGGUGAUAAGAGGAUCGAAGAGAUUGUGAGAGGAGCUAUGCUCGAAUCUGGGGUUGCGCUUUGCAAAAAGCAUGGCUUUGACCCGAAGGAGCACGAAAAGUAUAUCGAUAAGAUCCAAAGCCGAUUCCACAACCCAUACAUCCACGAUGAUGUCGUUCGUGUUGGGCGUGAGCCUAUGCGGAAACUUGCUCCCGAUGACCGUCUCAUUGGACCGGUAAAGAUGGCGGAGGAGUACGGAUUGAAGUACGACAACCUAAUCAAGGGGAUUGCCGCAGCUUUGCGGUACGAGAACUCGGAUGACUCGCAGAGCGAGGAUUUGAAAGCUCUCAUUAAGGAAAAGGGACUGGCAAAAGCUGUUGCGGAAGUCACUGGGUUUGAAGAGGAUACGCAUGAGAAUAGCGAGAUUCUGAGCAGCUAUGAAGCGUUGGGAACAAAAGGCCACUUGUAG